AUGUCUCUUCCCACUCUAUCCCUCCUCUCAUUCUCCAAACCAUCCUCCCCUCUUUUCUCCCUCCGCCGCCGAGCCUUCUUGCUCCCGUCCGCGCUCGGCCCCAAUGCCGGAUUCCACCCGGAAUCCCAUAAAGAAUGCUACCAUGGCGACGUUCUCCAGCUCCAAGAUCCGAUUUUGACCACGGAGGUAGGAUCUCUUCGAGAUAAUCCUGUGAAAUUACCUGCUAAAGAGGCGGUUGAUAAGGAGUGGGCGUCACCCAGUGAGAGUGGUCUUGUUAGUUUACCAAAAACCCGGGCUCCGAUUCUAGAGCCCGAGUUCCGAAUGACGUUAGCUGAGCUUAUAGAUGAGAGCGGAGUUGCGCCGGUGUCGGUAUAUGGAGAUAUGGAGGUUUUGAUCACCGGCAUUCAGAAUGACUCGAGGAAGGUGAUACCAGGAAAUGUCUUCGUUUGCUGUGAGGGGUACAAAACCGAUGGGCACUGUUAUGUUGCCGAGGCCAUGGAAAGGGGAGCUGUUGCAGUGGUGGCUAGUAGAGAGCUUGGUAUAAAUGAAAAAUUAGCCUGCAAGGCUCUUUUACUAAUGGAGGAUGCUAAUUCGGUGCUCCCUGUUCUUGCUGCAACCUUUUACGGGCAUCCAUCGAAGAGCUUGUCUGUGAUCGGGAUCACAGGAACGAAUGGUAAGACCACAACUGCGCACUUGGUUCGGGCAGUCAGCAAGGCAAUGGGGAAGAAGACGGGAAUGCUGGGAUCGGUGGGGUAUUAUGUUCAUGGGAAUUAUCCACUGGAAGCUCCCAACACAACUCCUACCGCAGUCAUGGUCCAGGAACUGAUGGCGAAGAUGGUGCGCAGUGGGACUGAGGCAGUGGUCAUGGAGGUUUCUUCUGCGGGAUUGUCGGUGGGGAGAUGUGACGAGAUAGAUUUUGAUAUUGCAGUCUUUAUGAAUCUGACAAGAGACCACCUGGAUUUCCAUGGGACAGAGGAGGAGUAUAGAAAUAGCAAGGCUAAGAUGUUUGCAAGGAUGGUUGACCCAAGAUUUCACAGGAAAAUUGUGAACAUUGAUGACCCGAAUGCAUCAUUUUUUAUUGCGCAGGGGAAUCCGGAUGUUCCUGUUGUGACAUUUGCGAUGGGGAAUAAGGAUGCUGAUGUGUACCCUAUGAAGAUUGAGCUCUCAUUGUUUAAGACAUGGGUUGUGAUCAACACACCAAAAGGAAUAUUGGAAAUUUCUUCAAGUUUGAUUGGGAGGUAUAACAUAUAUAACAUACUAGCUGCAGUAGCUGUCGGGAUUGCAAUGGAUGCCCCAUCAGGGAAUAUUGUUAGGGGCAUUGAAGAAAUGGAUGGUGUUCCUGGUAGAUUCGAGCUCAUAAAUGAAGGGCAAAACUUUGCAGUAGUUGUAGAUUAUGCACAUUCGCCGGAUUCUUUUUCUAGACUUCUGGAUGCCGCAAGGGAACUAGGAGCAUGGAGAAUCAUCACUGUAUUUGGAUGUGCUGGAGAAACUGACAAAGGGAAGAGACCAAUUCUGACAAAAAUUGCUUCAGAAAAAAGUGAUGUAAUUAUUUUGACAUCCGGCAAUCCAAAGUCAGAAAACCAAUUUAACAUCUUUGAUGACAUGCUGGCUGGCAUUGGAUUGACCUUGCAAGAUUAUUUGCAAUAUGGUGAAAAUUUUCUCUACCCUGUUCUUCCUAAUGGAUGUAGGCUUCUCCUGCAUGAUAUUAGACGAGUAGCUAUACGAGCUGCUGUAGCCAUGGGAAGGGAAGGUGAUAUGAUUUUUCUCCUAGGCAGAGGUCAUGAAUUGUUUCAAAUUGAAGGCGCGAAGAAAAGAUACAUUGAUGAUAGGGAAGAGUGUAGAGAAGCCUUGCAACAUGUUGAUGAGCUACGUAGGGCAGGAUUAGAUAAGCGAAUUCCUGUGGUGGUUAUUAGAGAUUUACCAGCAUCCUCUGAUGAGGUUGAAUCUCGGCGCACAUUAGCAGGCCCAGUGAAUGCUUGUUCUACAUGAUAACAGCAAGCUCUA